GCUGUUUUUUCUCUCAAGGAGAAAGUGCUCUCCUGCAGACCAAGAAUGGCUUACUCAGAGGAGCAAGGAGGCGUCCCCUGUGGUUUCUUCCGCCAGAAUUCCGGCAACUCCAUUUCCCUGGACUUCGAGCCCAACACAGAGUACCGGUUUGUGGAGCAGCUGGAAGAGCGAUACAAAUGUGCCUCCUGCCACUCGGUGCUUCACAACCCCCACCAGACGGGCUGCGGCCACCGCUUCUGCCAGCACUGCAUUCUGUCCCUGAGAGAAUUAAACACAGUGCCAAUCUGCCCUGUAGAUAAGGAGGUCAUCAAAUCUCAGGAGGUAAGAGACCCCCUGCUCACUCUCCCUCCCUCCUGCUGCCCUCGUCGGUGGGUCUCAGCAGCCUGCGCUUGUCUGUUGCAGGACCAUCUUCAGCAGUGCUUGUUUCAAGCUGUGCAGUGCUCUAACGAGAACUGUCGGGAACCAGUCCUGCGGAAAGAUCUGAAAGAGCAUUUGAGUGCAUACUGUCAGUUCCGAGAGGAAAAAUGCCUUUAUUGUAAAAAGGAUGUGAUAGUCAUCAAUCUACAGAAUCACGAGGAGAACUUGUGUCCUGAGUACCCAGUGUCUUGUCCCAACAAGUGUUUGCAGAUUAUUCCAAGAACUGAGGAUAAGCGGGCCAGCCUGCAGGAACACGAGCAUUCCGCCUUGCGGGACCACAUGCUUCUGGUUUUAGAAAAGAACAUCCAGUUAGAAGAACAGAUUUCUGACUUAUAUAAGAGCCUAGAACAGAAAGAAAGUAAAAUCCAGCAGCUAACAGAAACUGUAAAGAAAUUCGAAAGGGAGUUCAAGCAGUUUACACAGUUGUUUGGCAAAAAUGGAAGCUUCCUCUCCAACAUCCAGGUUCUUGCCAGUCACAUUGACAAGUCUGCGUGGCUAGAAGCUCAAGUCCGUCAGUUAUUACAAAUGGUUAACCAGCAACAAAAUAAAUUUGACCUGAGGUCUUUGACGGAAGCGAUUGAUGCAAUGAAACAGAAAAUUACCCUGCUAGAAAACAAUGAUCAAAGACUAGUUGUUUUAGAAGGAGAGACUAACAAACACGAUGCGCACAUUAACAUUCAUAAAGCGCAGCUGAAUAAAAAUGAAGAGCGAUUUAAGCUGCUAGAGGGUGCCUGCUAUAACGGAAAGCUCAUUUGGAAGGUGACAGAUUACAAGAUGAAGAAGAGGGAGGCGGUGGACGGGCACAUCGUGUCCAUCUUCAGCCAGUCCUUCUACACCAGCCGCUGCGGCUACCGGCUCUGUGCUAGAGCUUACCUGAAUGGGGACGGGUCUGGGAAGGGGACGCACCUGUCCCUGUACUUUGUGGUGAUGCGAGGAGAGUUUGACUCACUGUUGCAGUGGCCAUUCAGACAGAGGGUGACUCUGAUGCUUUUGGACCAGAGCGGCAAAAAGAACCACGUGGUGGAGACCUUCAAAGCUGACCCCAAUAGCAGCAGCUUUAAAAGACCCGAUGGGGAGAUGAACAUUGCAUCCGGCUGUCCCCGAUUUGUGGCUCAUUCCGUUUUGGAGAAUCCCAAGAACACCUACGUUAAAGAUGACACCCUGUUCUUGAAAGUGGCUGUGGAUUUAACCGACCUGGAGGAUCUCUAGUGACUGUUGAUGGGGCGAUAAAAGGACUUCUUUGGUCCAGAACCAUGGGGAGAACACAUGUGAUUGUCAUAUUGAUCUGGAUUUAGACUCAGCGCACGUUCGUCUUCGGCUUUUUGCCCUUAAUGUUUGACGUCAGUUUAAAGCUUC